AAUUAUCGUGGCGUUGAAAUUGGUGCCUGAAACAUUUUCCUCUUAAAAUUAAAUUAAGUUUAAAUGUUAGGCGUAAGUUGAAUGUCGAAAAUUAUUUAAUUAAAGGUGUUCGGUCGUGCAAAGUGUGUUAAAAAACAGUAAUUUAAUUCAAAUUCGUGUGCUGCAGUGAUCAGUUAGUGUAGUACGUUCGAAUAAUCCACAUUCAGUUUUUAGUGAUAGAACAACAUAAGUUUUGUUAAAGAUUCUAAACUAAGUUCAAGUUAUCGUUAACGUUAAGUGUGUUUGUAACAAGAGAAAAGAAACCAAAUCAAUGAUUGCCAGUGAAAAUGAUCGGUAAAAUUCGGCAUUGUGAUUGGGGCUACAGUGUACCAUAAAACAUUUUGGUAAAGGUGACCAAUAAUAAUUAUGUGGUGUAUGAUUGGCAGAGGCCUGCUCUAGUGAAUGUAGAGGGCCACAGCAUAAUAAUAGCCCGCAUCGAAAUUAAACCAUCCGCAUUAAUUCGUUGAAAUAUUAGAGGCAAUUCCGAAUAUCUUUUGGUUCUGCUGGUGUUGUUCAAAAAGUUUGUUUUUUUUUUGAUUCUGUGCGUGGAUUAAUAAACGGGGAAAAAUGGGAGCAACUCCAAGUCAAAUUGAAAAUGAAGUAGCUGAGCCCGAUUCGGAAUCAGAUGACGAUGAAGUAAUAAAAAUUCAACAUCAUCGACGUUAUCGGACGGACAGUGAAGUUGCAUGCGAAGAAGCUGCUCGUUUAACGGCUGAAAUUCAAGAAGAAAAUACACCAGACGAUGAAGAUGAUAUGUGCGAAUACCAUACCAUGGCACCGCCGGACGGAGGAUACGGCUGGGUGAUAGUAUUUGCUUCAUUCAUGUGCAACAUGAUCGUUGAUGGUAUAGCUUACACAUUCGGUGUAUUUUUAGGUGAAUUCGUUUCAUACUUCGGCGAGGGUAAGGGCAAAGUAGCCUGGGUCGGUAGUUUGCUCUCUGGAGUGUAUUUAAGUGCAGGACCGGUGGUAUCUGCAUUAGCUAAUAAGUAUGGAUGUAGGGCAGUUUGUAUAGCUGGAAGUAUCAUAUCGUGUGUGGCUUUUGUGCUUAGUACAUUUAGUACGUCUGUUAAUAUGCUCAUGUUGACCUAUGGUGUUCUUGGAGGAUUUGGUUUCGGUCUCAUUUACUUACCUGCUGUGGUCGCAGUGGGAUAUUACUUUGAAACAAAACGAUCUCUUGCAACUGGAAUUGCAGUGUGUGGCUCUGGAUUCGGAACAUUCACUUUUGCUCCGUUCGCCAAUUAUCUUCUCGAACACUUUGACUGGAAAAACGCAAACUUAAUUUUAGCCGGCCUUAUUCUUAACUGUGGAAUUUUUGGUGCUUUGAUGAGACCGUUAACGUAUCCGAAAGAAAGUAAAGUGAAACCUCUAAUGCAACGCAUGUACGAGGAAAAACGUCUUCAACUUGAACGUGGAUCAAUCGGUGGUUCCUAUUUUAUGGUCCAGUUACCUGAUGGCACAAUGGAAAAGAGACAGAAAAUGCCAAUAAACAUUGAUCCAGGGGUACAUUCUAGUCUUAAUUUAGAGCAAUUAGCUGCACAAAGUGGCUUUCAUCCGGUGGCCACACUACCAACUAUAGCUGAGGCUAAAGUCAACGACAGUGAUAGUCCUUCGAGUCCGGAUAGUCAAUUAGAAAUUAAAAUAACAACACGUCCGCAACGGCCUCAUCGUAACUCAGAAUCUGAUGGCAAUCAAGCCGAGUUCGGUAACAACAAAAACAUACCACGGAAUGCGUCCCAACCGGCGUUCACGUCUCACCAUCAAGGACUCCCGAAAAAUGGUUCGGUACCAUCGUUCGAUCGCGUCAGAAAAACAUCGCAAAGUGAGCGAUUCAAGCCGUCGUUGGCAGCUAUCAAAACCAGAUCACGUGCUGAUGUUGAGGGAGCUAGUGAUGUACGUAAGCCACAUUAUAUAAAAUAUUCGGCGAAUUCACUUGCACCAGGAUAUAAGCUGGGUUCCAAUGAUGUCGAAACGGAAUCCAUGUUUACAUCAUCCAAAAUGUCGUUGUCAGUUCGCGAACCAUCGAAAAUGGUUCGACCAAUGUCACGAAAGGACAUUUUCUAUUCCGGCUCCGUAACCAAUUUGCGUGAAUUCCAAUCGCAAAAAUCGCUGUCGAGCUACAGAAAUUCUGUGAUUUCAUUGCCAAAGUAUGAGAAAGAAAUGAGAGACGCUCGGGACGGUGACGCUGAGAAAGGCGAACAAUACGAUUUAUGUCCGUGUUUCGUUUUACCGGAAUCGUUUAAAUCGGCAAUUUCCACCAUGCUUGAUGUUAGUUUACUGAAGGAUCCAGUUUUCAUGCUAAUCGGAAUCUCGAAUGUGUUCGGAAUGGCUGGUCUUUAUGUACCCUUCGUGUAUUUGGUGGAUGCUGCCACCAUCAAUGGCAUCGAUCACAACUCUGCAUCAUUCCUCAUUUCAAUUAUUGGCAUAACGAAUACAUUCGGCAGAGUUUUUUGCGGUUAUAUUGCUGAUUUUCCGAAGGUUAACUCCUUGCUGCUCAAUAAUUGUUGCCUUGUGAUAUCAACGAUUGCUGUUGCUGCAACUCCAUUCUGUAAAUCUUAUGCUUCUUAUGUUAUAAUGGCCAUUUUCUUCGGUCUGGCGAUUGCUGGAUAUAUUUCACUAACGUCAAUUAUUCUGGUCGAUUUGUUGGGUCUCGACAAACUAACCAACGCCUUUGGUCUACUCAUUUUGUUCAGAGGAGCGGCUGCAAUUGUUGGAUCGCCAUUGGCUGGUGCAGUGUACGACGCCACGAAUAGUUAUGAUAUUCCGUUUUUCAUGGCUGCCGCCUUCUUUGCCGUGGCAACCGUUACUAGUUUUAUGGCACCAGCGUUAACAAAAUGUACAAAACCAAAUCGUGUACCUGUCAAAAUGGUUGAACUGACACCCAUUGACGAAGAGCCGAGCGAAGCUGACGAAGAUCAACCCAUUACAAUGAUACCAAAAAUAAUGCACACCGCACCAAGUCCCACCGUUGAGAAUCCCCUAACCGCCAUUGCGUCCAACACAACCAUACAGAGCGAUCAGAAACAGUCCACAACAACUUCCGCUGAUCCGCUAAUUGAGAAAAACGAUAAAAGUGCGAAAAUUGAGCAAAAUGCCGACGAACCAUCGGUUGACGUACAACAGCCGAAUGAGAAUGGCAACAUAGUUAGCAAUAAUAAAGAAUCAGCAAUAAAUGGGAACGCAAGCGAAAAAGAAAUUAGCCAAAUCGAAUCGGUGUUAUAAAAUUUUGAACUUAAGGGUUAAUUUAUUAGAACCGUAGGAAGAGCCCUAGGCCGUCGCGCCGGUAGGGAUUGUUUUUAUUUUUUAUUAUUUCUUUUUUUUAAUGAAUAAAUUACAUUUGUUAAGCCUUUGUAUAGAGAAUAUUUUACAAAUUUAUUUUAAUUUUACGAUUCAUAUGUGUGUGUAGUGUAUGUACAUACAAAAUGUUUUCUCGAUCCACCGGAACGAAUGUUGGUUGCUCUAUCGAAGUAUUAUCUUUAUAUAAAAAAAAAUUAAAUUGUUAACGAUGCACAAAGUCGGUAUUUAUGUGUAAAUGGUACUAAAGUGUCAGUCACAGUCUGUUUCACAAAAUACAUCGGAACAGAGAAUUGCGGAAAGUUUGCGCAUUUCGAUCUGUUUGUACGGGAAAACAUAUCAAAAAUUUUAAUUAAAUGUAUAAAAGUAACGAAUUGAUUAGUAAAUGCGAGGUGGUCUAUUAACCAAUGAACCGUUUGACUAAGCUCUCACCUUUACUGUCAUACGUUUAGCGUUACUCAAAAUUUAUGGGACUUUUAAACAACAUGAACAAAUAUUUACAGAAGCGACCACAUUCACUUUUAAUCAAGAAAAUAUUCUGUUUUGCAAUCGGUCUACAAUUGGCUUGGAGAAUUAUUUAACGGAUAUAUCAGUGCUCCACGUCACUCCCUCAUUAGGGAACAGUUCAAAACCUAUGCCAAUAUUUUACAUUACCCGAUAUGAAAAACGUUCUCUACUUUUCGAUUUUAUCCCUAGAACUGCUUUAACGAGUGUAUAACUCGGCCGUCAGACAUCGUAGAAAAUUCAUGAUGGUGAAGAGUAUGGAAGAGAAAAUGAAGAUAUUGGAACCUAUUGAAGAAUCGAGAAAUAAAAUUUCGGUUGUAAGAUCUGCCGUGCCUAACCAUUCAGAAUUUUGGAUUUAAGACUUGUCAGGCACACCAGGCCAGCGAAUUUUAUUUAUUUUAUUUUUCAAUUUCAUUCUUCAUUGAGCUCCAAUCCCUUCGUUUUGACGCAAAUUUAGAUUUUUUUAUGAUGUGUGACACCCGAGGUACCUUUCAAGGCGCUUCUAGGGCUCAAAUCAAAAAGUAGUGGAAUAAAUGUUUUUCGUAUCGGAUAAUGAAAUAAAUUGGCAUCGGUUUUAAACUGUGGCCUUAUGGAGGAACUCAAAGCGAAGCAGGUCACCAGUGUAGGAAUACCGGGGAAACGUAGAUAUUGAUUGUGCUGCGUGUACAUCACUCUACACUUUCGUCAAUUUUGAGACACAAAAACAAUUUUAAAAAUAAAAAGAAACUUCACUCGUAGCACCCCGCUGAGAUGACCUUAUUUUGUGGAAAUUUUCAUUUCACGGGACUUUGCGAGUGAAAUAACAUUUGUUAUUGUUUGGACAUUGUUAUUUUGACUAGAAGAACUAUAUCCCUUGUCAUAGGCACGAUUUUCCCUCUCGUGAAAAUACAAAUGUCCAAGACAAAGACGCAUCUACUAUUACAUACUUCAGGGUCGAAAAUCCUACCGUUCAUCGAGCAGGCACUUCUUUCGAGAGAAAAAUAAAACGUAGCGUCUUCGACUGAUCGUAGACCUCAAACUCGGCUCGGAUCAAUAGAUUUCACAUGGAAACACGACCUUUCCUCCCUGAAUAUGUAAAUACCUCAAGUCGAACUUAAUUCACUUGCUUCUUUUCGAAUAUUACAUAAACAAUAAGAAACAGAAUUCGCUUGCUUAAAACAAUUAUAAAUCGUAAGCAGCAAAACUAAAUCAAACAAUUAACAUUCACUCAAAACAAUUUGCAACUGUUAGAACUUUAAGCGCUUUUGAUACAAAAAAUUUAAAGAAAUAAAAACGAGAACAAGCAACAAAGCCAAGGUAGCUACAGUGGGUAGAUAUAACGACCCCACUGUAUCUAUCUUGAACAAGACAUUAAACAUAAUAACCAGGAAAACUUGAAAAUUGAAGGAAAAGCAAUAAUGUGAUUUGAUUAAAACUAAAUACAAGAUCCCAUCAACAAUAUUGAUCGUUAACAUAAUUUUCCCUUUUGUUCAAGCGAUUCGAUUUACGUUGCAUGUGUA